AUGCCAUCACGACUGUCGAAUCUGUUUACGCUCACCUUACCUUCUUCCCACGCAAAUCUCACGCCGUUUCCUACCUCUCCCGAGAUAUACCAUGAAUCCAAAUUCCAUGGGAACGAGAAUUUAUAUCGAAAUAGCACGUAUGGGAGGAAGGAGAAAGCUGGGCUUGAUGGGACUAUAAAAAGAGGAAGACGACAGAGUUUGAAAGAAGCUGCGGGAUUGCUUCUUGGGAGGAGAUUAAAAGAAGAGAUUACUGUCGUUCCAACGAAAGAGCCGGAACGUCGACGGAGGAGUGUUGUCAGAGAUGAUACUAGAGAAGAUGGAAGCAAGAACAAGAGAUCACCCAGUAGAUCCAGAUGUAUACCAGAUCUCCCGCCAACACCGCCCGAAAAGGACCUUCCACAAACGCAGCCUAUUCCACAUAGAAGGAAUUCGAGCAUCUCGAGUAUGUUACGAAGAAAAUCUGCGAUUGUAGUACCACCACCUCCUUCCGUAGCAGGAUCAGAGAGAAUCGGCCGCGAAAAGGGCAAAGAAAGACACGAUAGACACGACUCCUCCUUCUCAAGCGUCUCCUCCAGUUUCGAACUCGACCGCAAACCAAGAAACAGAUCCCGAACCUCCCUCUUCCGCUCUCGCUCACGUACCGACGCACCACCCGGCCUCUCUCCCUCCCAACUCACCCAACUCAAAACGAUUCUGCUAGACAUCCAAAACUGUCUCUUAGCCCAAGAACAAACAACCGCCUCCUUCGAACGAAACCUCAUCUUCCUCCUCGCCGUCAAAGAACUCAGCAUCAAGAACAACAAAAAGCUAAACCUCGAAUGGAAACGCGGGUUAUGCAAGGAACUAAACGUCUGUCGCGAAGAACUCGGCCGUGUCUUCACCCGCAAACACUCAAUCUCAAACCGCAGCACCGACGCCGUCCGCGAUCUCCUCAACCGUCUCGAUCGUAACACAUCAAGAUCCUCCUCCACAACCCGCAAACGCUCCUCGUACCUCACAUUCAGCGACCGCUCUAAACCGCCUUUAACGCACGCCCGCCAGCAUUCCGCCCCGGUCAUCGUAUCUGAGGGCGUCACGCUCGAUAUGAUCCACGCGCUUAUCCUAGAAUUGAAGAAAGAUAACGAGGUUCAGAGGUUGCUGGAUGACUGUAUUCUUGAUGCUAUUACACGGAAGUGCUGGAAGAAUCGCUGGGUUAGGAGCCCGAAUAUGAGGAUUGAGAUGAGGCGGUUUGUCGGGUUUGUGAUGGAACGGGUGGGCGUGUUGGGGGGAAGGAGGUGGGAGGUUGGGAGGGGGGUGGGAUUGUUGGUUUUGUUCUGGGAGGGGGUGGAGGGCGAGGAGGGGGUAGGGAGGAGUAGGAGUCCGAGAGGUCAAAGUAGGGAACGCGGGUUGGAGAGGGGGAAGGAGGGGAGGAGGUUUAGUUGGAGGUGA